AGCGCGGCCGCUCCACGCGGGACGGCGGCGGGCGGCUCCCCACCCCCUUUUUUUUUUUUCUUUUUUUUUUUUUCCCUCUUUUAUUUACCCUCCUCCCUCCUUUUCCCUUUCUUUUUUAAGGGAGCGGAGACAAGUCAAGCUUCAUCUUGAUGUUGCUGCUGGAGUCUCGGUAAAUGUCCAUCUGUCUGAUGAGCGUGAUGCAAAGGACAUUUUUGAAAAGGAGCCUUUUAACUCCGUAGACACGUAGGGACCCAUUCACGGGCAGGCACACACACGCGAGGAGGAGGAAGAAGAAGAAGCAACUUCACGAUCGCUGCUUUUAAAAGGGAGAAGCUUUUUCCCUGGCUGGGACUUGCCUUCUGCCUCCUCAACCAGCUGCUAAAAGUAUGUUUCCGAGGCGGACUGCACUUCAGGGAACUUCUAUUUUCUGCUCGGCAGCUGUAGAGGAGCAGCAGCGAAGUUUGGAGUAACACCAAGUGAUGCGGGAAAAACACUCCGAGAGCAGAACACCUUCCUGCAGACACAACCCCUGCUGCUGCACACAGGUUGAUCAUGGUUGCCGUGACCCGCUCGCUCCUGGCGCUGCUGCUCUGCCAGGCGCUGCUGGGCGGCGCGGCUGGGCUCAUGCCGGAGGUGGGUCGGCGGCGCUUCAGCGAGCCGGGCCGCGCCGCCACGGCCGCGCAGCGCCCCGAGGACCUGCUCAGCGAGUUCGAGCUGCGCCUGCUCCACAUGUUUGGGCUGAAGCGGCGGCCCAGCCCCGGCAAGGACGUCGUCAUCCCGCCCUACAUGCUGGACCUCUACCGCCUGCACGCGGGGCAGCAGCUGGGGCAGCCGGCGGCGCUGGGCUUCCCGCUGGAGCGGGCGGCCAGCCGCGCCAACACCGUCCGCAGCUUCCACCACGAAGAAGUUUUGGAAGAACUGCCAGAAGCGAGUGGGAAAACAGCACGGCGUUUCUUCUUUAAUUUAACUUCCAUCCCUAGUGAGGAGUCUAUCACCUCAGCGGAACUCCAGAUUUUUCGGAAACAGGUGCACGGAGCCUUUGAGAACAACAGCAGCUACCAUCACCGUAUUAAUAUUUAUGAAAUUAUAAAGCCAGCCACAGCCACCUCUAAGGACCCUGUCACAAGACUUUUGGACACCAGGAAUACAAGGGGAAACAAAACCAGGAAAGGACAGAAAGGAUGGAGGAGCCCCACUUGUGCCUGGCAGCUGGGGACUUGGCAGUCUGACUCCUGCUCCAAGCCCUUCCUUCAGAGUUCUGCCUGACCUCAGGGAGAGAUGAGAGCACCAGGUACUUCUGAUGCUGUCACCCUGUAAUGAUACAGUGGAGGCAAAGGACAAGAGAAGAGGCAGCUCAAGCUGGCCCAGGUAACUGAUGUUGUUUGGAGUUGAGCCUUGAAGCACUAUUCCUUCUCAAAAGCUUUACCCCCACUGGUGGGGCUCAGCGCUGGAUGAGAUCAGAAGAUAAAGCUGGUUUUAAUGCUGCUGUGGCAGAAGAAAUCCAAAUCACUGGAUCCUGAACUGCAGGACUCAGGAGGAUCCCCUAAUCUGCUCCUGUACAAGGCAAAGGCCACCACACACCUCCAGCUCAUUCCUCUUACAACUACAGCUUAUUUUUUCAAACAUUUGCCCCUAGCCACUCAGGGGCUGCAGGAGCCUUGGGCCACUACUCUCAGGAAGCAACUGCUCCUGUUCCUCACCACCACAAAAAAUAAAAAACGUCCACCUUCAAGUUUCAGCCAGAAGAUGUCUGGAUACAUCUGCCUCAUUUCCCUUCCUCUUGUGAGAUUGCGAUCAAGCCUCUCUUCAAGCCUCUCUCCUUAAGCUCAUUGCCACUUGAUACCGAUCUCUGCUGGUUUCCUGGCUCUUCAAGGCUCCUCCAGCCUUGCAGUGUUCUUUGGGAAGAUCUCUGUGUAGCAGCAACCUGAUUUCUUAGCUAUCCCCUCCCUCCUUCAAGGUUUACUUGCAAUCAUUUAUGUUUUCUUUCAUGCCAUUGCAAGAAAUAGUGUAACUUCAGUAGCACAUCCUGUUGGUACCUCCUUGGGAUGAGAUUUAAAAAUGGAUUUGCAUCCCAACAUAGGAGAAAUUCCCUGGACAAGGCCAGGUUGGAUGGGGUCCUGAGCAACCUGAUCUAGUGGGUGACAUCCCUGCUUAUGGCAGGGGUGGUGUUGGAACUAGAUGAUCUUUAAAGUCCCUUCCAACCCAACCCAUUCUAUUCUGUGAUUCCAAGGACAAUCAGGGAAAUAAGUAACUGUGUCCUAAAAUAUCAGUAGUGCACAACAGCACAAGGUCUUUGAAUUCCAACUGUUGAACAUCAUGUUGUGAGAACAUCUCCACAUGCCCAGUGAAGAUCUUUCUCCAGAUCUGCCUACUGCUCACCAGGGUGACAGAGCAGUGUGGUGGUCAAGAGGAAUCUUCUCUUGUUUGGAAUUUUCCACUCUUAAGUAUUUGCAGAGCUUUGAACCACAAAGUGCUGUGGGUUAUUGAUGGAUUGCUGAUGUGUGGGGCUACAGGAUGCCCUGGGGUCUGUGUCCUCCUUGUACCCACUUCAGCUCCUCUCCCCAUCGCAAGCACUCUCAGGUGAGUGGUGACCUGGUUUCAACGAGGAGCUGCCAUGACAAGUCAUGUGGCAGUCACAGAUGUUGCAAACUCCAGCCAAAGAGUCAUUCUCAGAUGCUUGGCAAACGCCAGACCACAGAAACUCAAUGUGUUGUAAGAUUCCACUUGGUCCCAUAAUGAUGGGUGGGAAAAAGGAGGAGGAUUAUCCAUAGACCUCAAAGUGUUUUACAAAGGGAGACAAAUGCUGCUAUUCCCAUUUAUUGGAUAGGGCAAUGACAAGCUGAGACUUGCACAAAGUCACCCAAUUAAUCGGCCAGAAAACUGCCACUGAAACCCAUGUUCUGGUCUAAACAGGUUCUCAGGCUGCCCUCAUCCCUGGAAUAUCUGAGUACCCUCCAGAAGCACAUGAGGAGAAUUUGGGCAUGUCCAUGCUGGCUGAGGCGAACAGCUGCCUGUCCAUCCAGCCCCCUUCCCAGCCAGCUGGACAGCAGCCAUCUCCAGGUGGAAUGCAGCCACACUGACACCAUCCUGAGCCCGGAUGUAUGAGCCCCACCACAAGGCACCCCCACCUAACUCAGCUCUCUGGCUUCCAGGGUGCAGCUUCGUUGUGGGGCACAGACAGAGCAGAUGUGAGACUAUCUCUGAGAGCAGACAGAUAUUUCCUUAUUCUAAAUCCAGUUUCAUCAUCUGCAGUGCCCUUCAGAAUAUUUCCUCGUGCUUUAGUUCCCACUGAGACAUGGAGACAGAACACAAAUGUGCUGGUUAUCUGGUCGUGGCUCAUUGGAAGACAGAUUUGGGAGAUGACACCUAAACAGGGAUAUUUGGAUGCACUCCAUAAAAAAAGGAGAAAACCUCCCAAAUAUACGUAGCAAGUCAGGAGAAAGGGAAGAGAAAGGAGGACAUCUCUAAACUCAAGAUCUAUUUGUCAUGAGCAAGAGUACUAAAAAAUAGGUAACUUAAUGACCUGAAGGAAGACUAGGUGUUAUUACAGGACAUUAUACUGGCAAAGUUCCUGUACACCACAACAAUAACCCUCUCCAGACUUCUAUUCCCUUCCAAAGCAUGAGGAAACACCAGUGCAUUUAGCCUCAAUUCCCUGGCAGGCAGCAUCACUUCCUUGUGAGAGCUGACACAGCCAUGGG